CCAACUGUCCGCCGCGGACAACAGCUUUGAUAUCCAGCUGAACACCUGAAUUGAAGAAAUAUCAGCUCUGAGUCCAAUUGCCACCACCACUCAGACUCUUCACAAGAUGCCAAUCACGGGAGUCUUCUUUAUCCCAUCAAACCCAAACGCCUCCACGGCCUUCGCAACAGUCACAGAACGCCUCCAUUCAUCAUUAGCCGACGAGCCCGUUCUCGUGGGCCGCUGGGCCCUCGAACACAAAUUGAUGCGGGAUACCCCGUCCUGCCUGCCUGCAUCGGCGUCCCAGCGUCCCGCGCAACCGCGCUACAUGCAGUUCCUCUCACUAACCUAUUUCCCCAACCAUGGAUUCAUCUACACAUCCCCAUCGCCAGAGCAGGCGGCCCACGCCCAGUCCGGCGCCGGUAGUCCCGGCACAGUAGCUGCAAGGGCAACGCCUGUUCCCCCCGCACCCACCCCGCAACAGGCAGGGACGCCAACACCGGCCCCAAUGCCGGGCCAGCCGGCUAUGGUGAUGACGACCGUACCGUUACCGGCGUGCAGCACGCUCUUCCAGCACUUUGUCUACGCCUGCCAGCCUUUCUGGUGUCAUCGGCACACUGUCACGGUUCCGGGGGGCGUUGUGUAUGAUGUUGGGGAUUUUCGGGUCCGGAUUGGCGAUGUUCGUCAGACGCAACCGGCUGCAAGGGUUAGGGGUACGGUCAUUGAGAUAGAAUGGAAGGGCCCAUCGCUAGUGACGUCUAUUUCGUCGUUGUUUGCUCAGUCCAAGAGGCCGUUUGGGAGCCCUAGGGGUGACGGACUAUCCCAUGACGAAGAGGACUCUGUAAUCGAUAUGGCUUUUCCUGAUGGUGUUGAGGAGGCAGACAUUGACGCGGAGUACGUUAUGACUGCGACGUUGAUUCGGGAAUUCUGGGCACGCUUGGGUAUUGAAGGGGCGCGGGAAGCGAUACUGGUACCGGACGUUGGUAGGGAGGCCAAAGAACAGUUGCGAAAGUUGAAGCAGCGAGAGAGCCUGAGAGUACGCCAGAAAUCUACUAGUGUUGAUGGAAGCGGGCAACAGUUGGAUGAAGACCCCAACCCAGAAGCUGGAGUUGAUGUGGCCAGGCAGUUUAUGGAGAUAUUUAGAUUUAAUCGCUGAAAGGCGGGCAAUGCACAUUUAUAAAGAUGAUUAGUAGUCAUUACUUUGUUGCACUCGGUUUCGGGCGGAUGAGCCGUUUAGAUGUCGCCACUUAGGUGAGGAAUCAAAGCCAUUAUAGCAGCUUAUGUCCAACAGAACAGAGAAACAC